AUGGCGCGAGAUGAGGCAUCUCCUUUUCCUCCGCAGUACUCAGCUCAAACCGACGCCGAUCACCCUCCACGCAACUUUAAUCCUAAGAUAAACUAUCCUCGGCAUGACAACGGACUGCUUUCGUACCCUUCUCAACGAACCCCGCAAUGUGGUAACGCGGAACCUGAUAUUGUGUACAUCGAGACCGACGGCCUCUGGCAUUGUUGCAAGGCCGACAGUGAUAAUGGUGGAGUCCCAAACUGCAGCGCCCCAACAAGCGAGACCUUUCAAGCUCCCGCACCAGAGAAGUUGGCAGACUUCGCCUCCACUUCCAUUUCCACCUCCACGUCAACGUCCAUAACCGCAUCGUCUGGUACAUCGUCCCCUUCAACAUCUUCACUGCCGUCAUCAUCAGCCUCGUCAACUCCAACAUCGUCGUCUACUCCCAACUCCAAUUCUGGUCUCAGCACGGGCGCCAAAGCCGGCAUAGGAGUCGGUGUCGCCCUAGGAGCCUUGUGCGUAGUCCUACUUUCAAUCAUAAUAUUCUUGAUGAAGAAACGGCAGCGACGCCAGCAGAAGACUAUUCCUCCAGAUGAUGCAUCGAAAGGACUACAAGAGGAGGGGAAGGGAGGGACGGGUACUGCAGGGGUUCCACGGCCCCCGGGGGACCGACAGAACUGGCACGAAUUACAAGGACAAGUCAUGAAAAGCGAGCUUGAUGCGAGUCGGAAUCCGCUUCACGAAGUGGAGGGCAGAGGUUGA